UUGAUGAACAAUUUGGUUCCUACCAGUAAUUUUUUUAUACUUUAUAAAAACUGCGCUAUCUGUUAAUUUACUACAUGAAUGUAGCUACAAAUUAGACAUGCACAGAGCCUGUCCUGCAUCUUGCUUUAUUUCCGUCCUAGUGUUUUAAAGACGCACUAACAAACCUAAUCUCUCCCGGAAGUCGAUAUGUGUGGAUAUCUUUUUUUUUCUUUUUUAAUUGAUCUACCGAGGAUUAGCGGAUGGAUGACAUUUCUCCUUUUUGUGGCAAUUACCGCCACAGUUUAUCGUCCCGAUGUCACUCGAUGCUGCGCAGGCUGUUAUUUCUGAUGGUAGCGCUUCUGCACACAGAUGUAAUAGCUCUCCAGGUGAUUGGUGGAAACGUGAAAGUGGUUCAAGGAGGUACUGCUAUCCUACUGUGCCAUGUCACUGGUACCAAUGAUGACCUGACACAGAUUACCUGGCAGAGGAGGACGAGAGAAAAACCUCACAAUGACAAUUUUCUCACUAUCCUACCCCGAGAGGGAGUGCAGUUUGUCAAUGGAGGUGAUGAUCGAUUUAAAUAUAUCGGGAAUUUUAAUGACAAUAAUGGAACUCUCCAGUUAUCCAAUGUUGCCCUGAAGGAUGAAGGCAGAUACACGUGCAUCUUCACCUUGUUUCCCAGUGGAAAUCAGAAGACAGAGAUACCUCUGAAUUUGCUUGUGCCUCCUUUCACAAAUGUGAAGGACAAUCUUCCCACUUUGGGCACAGAAGAGGUUUUAUUUGCUACCUGCACGGCUGCUGGAUCGAAGCCUCCUGCAGAGGUGAGGUGGCUCACUGGUGCUUUGGGAGACAAAAUGAGGACAACAACAAACUCCACUCAGUAUGACAACGGUACGACUACCACAGUCAGCUCUCUGUUUGGUGUUCCUACGAGAGAGAUUAACGAUCACCAGGUCCAGUGCGUCAUCAGUGGUGACUCCCUGUCUAAAGAAGAAACCCUGCCCUUCACCAUACAGGUCUCCUUCGCCCCCACAGAAGUGAAGAUUAGAGUGAUUUCAGAGGACUCGUUUGAGUGUUUGACAGAAGCCAACCCAAACGCAAAAUUUGCCUGGAGCAGAUCUGGCCAGUCUUUGCUGCAGUCUGCUGUCAAAGUAGAUGGUGCAAAGCUACAACUGCUGAGUCGGACCUCUGAUCUAAAUGGCCUCUAUCAGUGUGAAGCAUCUAAUGCAUAUGGAAGAAAACACAGUCAGCUGUAUGUGCAUGUGGCAUCAGGAGCAUGCUCUGUGGCUUGGGCCUUAUUUGGUGUUUUGGUUUUCCUGAAUGUCACUGGGGCUGCAGCAUGGUGCUUUUAUAAACAUGGAUUUCUGAUAAGGUUAUGACUGUGGAUCUUGUUUGGCCAGUAAAUCUUCAAGAUUUCCUUGGGAAGCUGUUGAUGAAGGCAAAAAUGAAAAAGAAUACGAUCAACAAGGUGUAAAGAUAAUAUCUAACAAAGUUCAACAGUAGAUCAACAAAAUAAGCGGAAAUUCCCAUAUGCACACUCUGUUAAAAGCACUAAAAGUCCACUUGAAAAUGACACGAGCAGUCAGCAUCUCAACACUUGAAAAUGUUGAGAUGUACUGACAGUGUUUCCUCUGAUGUUAGAACAGUUUCUCACAUGUAUUUUCUCAUGUGCAUCUUUGGGUUUUGUUUGGUUGUUUGUUGGUUUUUUAACCACAAAUAAUGACAGGGAGCAUGUCCUACUGUUUUCUUAGGAGACCAGAAAACACGCCAGAUAAUGACAACACGCCAGAGAGUGAGCAUGUUCCACUGAGACCUAGCAGUGCAGUAGAUGAUCCCGGGCCACAUGAUGUUCCACCAUCUUCCAGAA